AUGAUGCAAGUGUCCGUUUCAAGGUCAAGUUACUUCCCCAUAAUGCUGGAAUUUACAGGCUCAGAAUUUUUUCGAAAAGUUUGACGGUAAUUUUAAAGUGUUGCCUUCUGAAUAUGGUUUAGGUAGAUAAUGAGCGGCUGGAAGCCUCAUCUACUGGAGAACUCAAGGAGAUCCUUACCGUCGUGUUUGAUAUACCGGAAGGAUGUGAAUCGGCUGUUACUGUACCGCGUACGCUGAGCCACAUAUGGGGUCCCCUUGGUGAGUUAUCUAACGCGGAUUCUUAAUGAUUACGCCAUGCUUUAAAGACAUUCCAACGCACUUCCGAGACGGGCCUUAUAUUGAUGCUGCAGUUGUAAAUCAGAAGAGGGGACACUUAGUUUUGUACACAAGGAGCUUCCCAUUCCUAUUUCCCCUUGUUCUACAGAGAACAAAAGCGGACAUCGACUUCUUCACCAAGGUAACGACUGUCUUUAACAAGCAUAACUUUAUUUAUUCUUCACUGAACGUCAGAACUAGGGCAGGUGGUUUGCUAGAAUUAGUAUAAUCAAUUAUACUCGUGGAUGACACCUAGGGCAAUCGCAAGAGUUUUUGUUUAUUCCAAAUCAAAACGAGCGGAUGUAGAAACUGUCACGCCAACCGAACCAAUUGCAGGCGACUUAAGCAGUUAUCUGCAAGUGCUGUCUUCCCUCUCUGGACCUCACGCCCUGACUUGCGAUAUCCGUUAAGCUCUGCCGUAGAGGAGUUUACUUGACAACUACUUCGCACAGGCGAGUGUAGCCUAAAUUUUGCCCACCAGAACGACUCGUUGGAGGAUUCCGCCGAAUCUCAGUAUAUGCAAAAACUAGGAGGGAGAAAGCGCAGAGUUCGGUUUUACUGAGGUUUUUAAAGAGUAGAAAACCCAUGUACAUGCGUACAUGCGUAACAUUUGGCUGACUGCCAAAGAACGUGGCCGUAAUCACAGCAGACCCUUCGAUCAAUAAAAGUGCGGGGUAUGGAGUUUAGACGAUUGACAAAUGGACGAACAUCUAUCGGAGAGCAGACAUGAAACAACGAAAACCGGAAGCAUGAGGCCGGGUCGAUUUCAAACUUGAUGGUUCUCUCUUCAGUCAUUUAGCCCUGACUAACACUGGAAACCAGGUACAAACCGAUUCAUGUCUACAGGGGGUGUAAACUAUACACGUAAGAAACACAGUUCCAGCAGUGCGUCCCUUAAGAACGCGUGAAGAGAUUUAAAAUGGCUGCUGUGCCUGUCUCCACUGUCCUUGUCGUUAAGUAUCAAGUCGAUUUUUUAAGUGGCAAAUAAUCCUCUACUUUUAUGGUCCUUUCUAAUGAAGGAUAGAGACAAUUUGCCCUGACAGGCUAGUCAGGUAUCUGGGCGUCCGUUCUCACCCGUUUUGGAUAUUUUUCUCCAUCUCAAUUCUAGACGUUUAAAUCCAAUGAAGCAGAAGACAGCCAUGCUGAAGUCCUUGUAAAUGCAGUGGACCCGUAUUUGGAGUACGAGGACGAAUCCGAUCGUUAUUUUGAGUAUACGCUGAAGUUUCUCGAGUCGGGUAAAUCCAGUCGCACAUAAAGACUGUAGUUUUGAUAUCUCUUUUUUGUUCCAACGGAUUCAAAUUGCUAUUGCUGCAGUCUUCCUAAGACAAACAAUUUUUUGUAUUCGUCAACCGCACUGUCCAUGUACGACUGGAUGCUACUUAAAUUGCCCGUUAUCUACUUUGACAAAUUCUAAUGAAGCAAGCAAAUUAUGCAGCCAGAAAAACUUCAUGAAAUCUAACAGAACAGCCAUUCACACAGGGGAACUCAUUCUGUCCUGCCUGGCUGCAUUUGAUACGGCUUCGUUUAGACAAGGCUAGACCGGCCUAAGGGAUAUCACGGGUUGUGGCUUCCAGCGUUCGACAAUCCGCAGCAGUGAACAAAGGGAACCAAGAUUAACUUCCUAACGACGAAGGCCCAACAUGGCGUAUCCAAGAGCUGCUUCCGUACCUUGAGUGACCGUUUCCAUUCCGAAUUUUGGCUAAACUCAUCAUCUUCAUUUAGACGGCAUCGCGUUUAAGGUAGCUGCAUUGGACCCAUAGGGAGAGCAGUAUGUGACGCACUCAAAAAAUCUGAAAUAUCCUUUGCUAAUUGCCUCAUACCUCCUCAGAACUCCACUGGCUAAUUAAACUGCAAAGUCAAGAGAAAGUAGGCGUAAGUCAUUCCAGCGACGGUUCCCAAACAUCUGACGUUUACAGGUCUCACUCAAGCCCCAAAUUCAGAACCUAGCAUGCACGACCGUACGAGAGAAUGACCGAAGUAAUACUCAGUACAAGUUGCCAUUUUUGACGAUGGAGAUAUAGCAACAAAUCCGCACCAUCUAAAAGGCAUUCAAAGACCUUGCAAGCAGGAUGGACUUUGGUAAUGAUGAUGAUGAUAGUGAUGAUAAUGCUGGUGCUGUCCGUUUGUCGUCGACUUCGUUCCGAGAUAUUUGAAACCGUUCACUCUUUCAUAUUGCCAGUUUCUAGCCCCAAAGAGCACUUUCGUCUCCGCGAGUUUGAUAAAAAAGCUGAUUGUCUCAGCAAAUUCUCUUCGCUGCAACUUGACGCUCCAAGGGUCGUAAUAACUUCGUAUUGGCAGAACAGGAAUAUAAGUACAGCUAAGAUUUUCGGACGGUGUCAGGAAGCAAAUUCAACAACACUAAAUUCCCACAUGGCCUUUCCAAGAUGUCAGCCGGUCGAUAGAAUUUUCAGCUGCUGUAGAAGCUUCAGGUUUUCUCCAUGAAAGUCCCCACUUUGACCGACUUGUCCUUGGAGUCUUCUCUGACCGAACUUCCAAACAGGUUAAAGCAUUGUUUGUAAGAAUCAGCAUUACGGGUUCCGACACGAGCCGACUUGACAGAAAGCUGCAAGGACUGUUCAGUUAAUCCAGCACCUGUGCUGCUGGUGGUCGAAUUCGGGGACUCUUCUAUCUACUCAGUGGCCUGACAAAUUCGCCGAUAUGUUCUUAUCGUCCAAAAUUCGAGCAAGAACGAAUGUUAACUAAUCCAUGUUACAUUCACACGUGGAUGUAAGGUGUUGAGGCAGUCGCGCUAAUACGUAAUAGAAAUUUGCGGACUGAAGUUGUUUUUUUCCCACAGUCCGCCUUUGUACUGUCGGAUGAUUAUGAGCGGAAGUAACUACCAGAUUUUCAUGUCUUCAGGUUGUCUAAACUGUAUGAACACUUCAAUGUACUCUACAAAUGCGGAUUUAUGUGUAAUAUUAAUGUAUUUUUAAUCCGGAUGCGGUCUCAUCUAUCAUCAAAUAUGCUGUCGACACCGACCGACGGGACCCCUUUGUUGGAAAUUUUACGCAAGACCUAUAUUUACUUCUUAUGAUUAAGUACCUUUGCUUUCAAAAUUUUUGUCAUGCUUUGCGUCGAUCGCCUUGCACAUGCUCACAGGUCACGGAGUUAAACGCAGACGUCUAGAACUCAGCGGUUUGCUUUUGCAAGUUGCUGUCGUGGUAUCACACAGAGUCGUUAAUCUUUUAACACAGUACAUACUUUGUCAAUUCGACUUUCACGUGAAACCUGAGUGUACGUAUUGAAUAAAGAGUAAGUGGAAAGAGGGUGAUUCUCAACCCGCUGCCCUUAACAUCACCAUUUGUUUUCGUUUUAAACGAGGCAACUUUUGUUAAAAAGAAAAGGUCGUCCUUUGAUCUUAUAUUUGUCAAAAUUUUAAAACGCAUAUUCAAACACUGUAAACCAAAAUGAGAUGUUUUCCCCAUCUAACGAAGUCGCCACUUUUUGCAACUUACACGUCGCCUUCCUGUUUUCGGCGAUUAGGUGAAAUGGCCGUUGAGGCAAUAGAGCGAAUUUAUGUUAGAAACCGCCAGAUAACAUAAGUGAAAUGUAACUCAAAACUUUUAUUAGUAGAAUUCCAGCAGUGCUUUCAGAGUAUUUUCUUCAGCCCUCCAGCAAACGUUCUUAACGCUGAAGAUGUGAUUUUGCAAAUAAGCGUCAUAUGUCUGACACGUUGAAAAGUUGAGUCAGGCUGCGUUGUGACACUAACUGGCCUCCUAAGUUCGGAUCUAGAUCGCAGACCUAGUGAAAGGCAGACGCAUCUGUGCCAGCUUGUGUAUCUGAACUAAUGAAUAGGCCUGGGGACAACGGGGCUCGACUUUAUAAAUCAUCACCAGCAUGUUUUUAGUUUUUCUGCGAACUUUUUGAUUUUUGUAGGUCACUUUGUUAAUCAGGUUUUUGCGACGAAGAAGUGGAAAGACGAGGCAAGUGGCCGCUGGAGGCGAGCUGUCCAACUAAUUGGUCAGUUUCUAUUGGAUAUUCGCCAAGAUGA